AUGGCGGAUCCAAUAGGAGCCGAGAUCGUGGUGGAGCAGGAUGACAUCCCCUUUUCAACGCCAAAACGAUCAAGUCGAGUGGUGAGACCGACGAGCAAAGUCCGAGACACCGCGCGACAACUGGAGGACACUGCGAAAGAAACGCGAAAGACAACCCGCCAGACGACGCGAAACAUACCGACCGAAGAACAAAUCGACCGACCGACCGAGACCCGGAAGAAUAGCGGCAACAGCAGCGAUGGAAGGGCUAUGCUACAGAAGGCGCUGGAUCUCCUGGCGGAGUCGCGCAGGGAGACUAAAAGAUUGCAGGAAGCGCUGAGAGAACAGAUGGAAAUGACCAAUGAACUUCAGGAAACUGUUGCAAAGCAGGGAGAGAUGAUGGGCGACAUGGGCAAGCAGAUGGCUGAGAUGAAAGAACAGAUGGCCGAAGAACUACAGCGGGUCCGCGAACAGCUCGAAACUAUUGCGACGAGCGCAACAGACGGACCACAACGAUCAUACGCUGAUGUCACACGAYYYUCGACRUCUAUGCCUUUAACCGAUCCCAGAACCGCGACCUUGACCAUUCCUCAGAUCCCUAUGGACACGCUCUACUGCACGAUUGACACUUCGCGAAUAGAAGAUGAGAAUGCCAGGCCCUCGGCUGGGCUGGUCAGAGCGACAGUGGARAACGAAGUGCGCGCCGAACUGGAUAAUCCCACUUGGCGAUGUAGGGCCGUAACGAAGGACCCAAAGAACCCCUACCGCAUCAGGAUUAGUUGCAGGGACGAAAGCGAACAUGAGGCUGUGAAACAAAUUGCAGAGACAAAACUGGUUCGAGGAACUCGCGUCCUACGGGAUGAUCUCUACCCGAUCAAGGUAGACAAUGUCAGUCGCACCGCGGUGCUGAACGAGAGGAACGAAAUUCGGACAGAAGCCGCAGAGACUCUUGGCCGAGAGAACGACACCGAGGUAGCGAAGGUAGCAUGGCUCAGCAGGCGAGACGUUCCCAAGGCGUACGGUUCGAUGGUCGUGUACCUCAAGAAGCGGUCCGAAGCUAGRCGAUUCAUCGGCGAAGGCUUCUUCGUGGCUGGAGGAGAAUCACGAGCCACAAGGCUUACCAGUGCGACCGACCGCAGAUCUGCGGAAGAUGUGCGCGAGAAGGUCACCACCAUAGCAGGUGCACAGAAGCGAUCCCGAGAUGCGUCCCAUGCGGUGGCCCUCAUGAGUCAUACAGCAGAAACUGUCAGAAACUCUAUCCGUCACAACAUGAAUAUCGCAUUCCGAUUGUUUCAACUGAAUGUAAGAAAGCAGGGACCAGUACACGAGAGCCUGAUGAACGAUAAGGAUAUUCAGGAUGCAACCGUGUUGGCCAUCCAAGAACCCCAGGCACGACGGAUCCAAGGGAAACUAUUGACGGUUCCGAUGGGACAUCAUGGAUGGGUCAAGAUGAUGCCGACAGCUGAGAGAGAAGGUAGAUGGGUGAUCCGGAGUAUGCUUUGGGUGAACAAAGAGGUGGAAGCGGAACAGGUGCCAGUAGAGUCCCCAGAUGUGACGGCGGCGGUUAUUCAGCUGCCGGAGCGUCUGGUCUUCACGGCGUCUGUCUACGUACCAGGGGGAGAUGCCCAAGCUCUACAAGACAUAUGCAGUAGGCUUGAUAGGGCCAUCACGGAAGUGAGGCGAAGGUCAGGGAGAGUGGUGGAUGUGGUGAUUGCUGGCGACUUCAACCGACACGACCAGAUGUGGGGAGGAGACGAUGUAGCGGCGGCGAGACAAGGCGAGGCAGAUCCGAUCAUCGAUUUGAUGAACGACUUCAUGCUUCGAAGCCUUCUCCGACGGGGCACAAAGACAUGGCAAAGCGGAGACUACGAAACAACGAUUGACUUGACCCUUGUUUCCGAGGAGCUUGCGAAUGCGAACAUCAAAUGUGGGAUACAUGGUACGGAGCACGGAUCAGACCAUCGCACGAUAGAGACGGUGUUCGACAUCUCAGUUCCGACGCCGAAACAGGACGAAAGGCUCUUGUUCAAGAAUGCACCCUGGAAGGAGAUCAACAGCAGGAUAGCGAACAUACUAAGAGAUAGACCAAGGGGAAACACGGUGCAGCAGAAGACGGAUAGACUGAUGAUGGCGGUCUCAGAAGCUGUCCAGGCCCUGACACCCAGAGCCAAACCGUCUCCAUACGCAAAAAGAUGGUGGACCGAUGAUCUUACACAGCUGCGACACGUUUAUACAUAUUGGAGGAACAGAGCGCGAGCUGCGAGACGUGCCGGCCAGAACCUCUCGGGCCUCGAGGGUACAGCGACCGCCGCGGCGAAGCAGUAUCACGACGCCAUCCGACAACGCAAGAUGAACCAUUGGAAGGAGUUCCUAGCGGACAACGACAACAUCUGGAAGGCAGCUAAGUACAUGAGGUCUGGGGACGAUGCAGCUUUUGGGAAAGUGCCUCAGCUCACCAGAGCGGACGGAACGAAAACGACAAAACAUCGAGAACAAGCCGAAGAACUUCUAGCCAAGUUCUUCCCGCCACUGCCAGAUAACAUUGAAGACGAAGGAUUGAGGCAACAAAGAGCUCCAGUAGUAAUGCCGAAACUGACUCUGGAAGAAGUGGAGCGUCGACUGUGGGAGACAAAGUCAUGGAAGGCGCCAGGAGAAGACGGACUGCCAGCGAUCGUCUGGAAGCAGGUCUGGCCAUCGGUGAAACACGACGUCCUCGACAUUUUCCAAGCAUCAUUAGAGGAAGGCGUGAUACCGAAACAAUGGAGACACGCUCGAAUCAUUCCGCUCAAGAAGCCAGGAAAAGACGAUUACACGAUUGCGAAAGCCUGGAGACCGAUCUCGCUUCUAGCCACGUUGGGCAAGGUGUUAGAGUCGGUGGUGGCCGAGAGAAUCUCCUACGCGGUAGAGGCCCACGGGCUCCUCUCGACUAACCACUUUGGCGCGCGCAAGCAGCGAUCGGCAGAACAAGCCCUCGUACUACUACAAGAACACAUAUUCUCAGCAUGGCGCUCGCGUCAYGUUGUGAGUCUCAUCAGUUUCGACGUGAAGGGAGCAUAUAACGGCGUGUGCAAAGAGAGAUUGUUGCAGCGGAUGAAGGCCAGGGGGAUCCCAGAGGGUCUCCUGCGAUGGGUCGAUGCCGCUACGUUCCCGUCUUUGACCAGCGACUUGACACAACUGAAGCUAUCCCGCAACAACAGUGCUUUGCUAUUUAUCACAAUAUGCUCAGUUGGGUGUCGUGUACUCAACGGCACAAGCUCGAGAUGGCGGACUCUUGCACUCCAGACUCAACGCAUGCUCAAUGCUGCUAUCGUGAAUCCAUUGAUGAGAGGUCUUGAGACGGUACAGACAAUCCUUGUUCAAGCUUGCUAUGCGGGAGAGAGGGCUCUCCUGAUUGCAAUUGCGACGCACAUGGCCUUGGGUCUUAGAUUCCCCAAAGCCUACGAUGCACUCAUCGUGGAAUCCGUCUUGGGAGACAUGCAGAUGGACAACACCGACCAAGCUGCCUACAACAACAACACGACGCGUAUGCGAAAAACUAGAGUUUGGCUGCAUUUAUUGGUGAUGAGCUGCAUUCUACACGUAGAUGCCGGAGGAAUGCCAACGUUCAAGUUUCGAGGUGCUUCACGCAGAUGCAGAGUCCUUUUGCAAAGUCCACUCGCUACCGGGAUGGCUCAUUAUCUCUUCACUCAGGUCGAGUUGAAUGUUCUUCGUGCAAAGAUAUAUGCGUCUUUGCCCCAGGGCUCACAUCUGAGUGACGAAGAGAUUCUCGAUCUUGUGAAAGACGCCAAACUCGACAUUGAUGUUUGGUUCCAGGACUGGAUACGUAUCUCGCACCCGCAUCACGAAUUGAUGCCUUAG